UUGCUGAUAACAGGCGAAACGAAGGACCCGCAUGGUGUGGUGGUGAACGCGCUAUCCGCCGGAAAUGGUAAUAGUACGUUCGUUCCGCAUCGCAGUCACUUGCGAUCCGGACGUUUGGACGAUUUUCUGCAGCACAAAAAUUUCUUGCUCAAAAUUGUUUCCAGGGCGUCUGGAACGGUGUAUGUGGCGAAUCGGAAGGAUACGAAUGAAGUAGUCGCCGUGAAACGAAUGGCAUUCAAGACCCAACCGAAGAAAGAAAUGUUAUUAACGGAGAUUAAAGUCAUGAAGCAAUUUCGUCAUCCGAAUGUUGUGAAUUACAUCGAAUCCUACCUGGUCGAUGCUGACGAUUUGUGGGUAGUAAUGGACUACUUAGAAGGCGGCAAUCUGACUGAUGUCGUGGUGAAAACGGAACUUGAUGAGGGACAAAUCGCAGCUGUUCUUAAAGAGUGUGUCAAAGCCCUGCACUUCUUGCACAGCCAUUCUAUCGUACAUCGUGAUAUCAAGAGUGACAAUGUUUUGCUAGGAAUGGAUGGCCAGGUGAAACUCACCGAUAUGGGAUUCUGCGCUCAAAUUCAACCAGGAUCGAAAAGGGACACUGUGGUGGGCACACCGUACUGGAUGUCUCCAGAGAUUUUGAAUAAGAAGCGGUACAACUACAAAGUAGAUAUCUGGUCAUUAGGCAUCAUGGCUUUGGAAAUGAUUGAUGGUGAACCUCCAUACCUUCACGAAACACCAAUAAAGGCAAUUUACCUUAUCGCUCAAAACGGUAAACCGGAAAUAAAGAGAAGGGACCAACUUUCUCCCGAGUUCUUGAAUUUCCUUGAUCGGUGCCUUGUAGUUGAUCCUGAAGAGAGAGCGGACACCGAAGAACUUCUAUGUCAUCCAUUCCUUGCACGGGCCAAACCGCUUAGUAGUUUGAUUCCGUACAUCAAAGCAGUAAAAGAACUUAAAGAGAAGGAAAAGCUCAGUCAUAAAUAA